AUGGAUCAGCUAUUCCAACCCUCCGUGGACUUCCAACGCGUUCAAUAUCUCGCAUCGCCGUCGAAGAUCCUUACGCCGACCAUCUCAAGAACACCCAAGACAGGUUUCCUCUCGCUGCCUCUUGAAGUAAGACAAAUGGUCUACCGCGAAACCACGCAAGAAGACCAGCAGAUCUUCACCAAAGGCUUACCGGCGAUACUGAAAGUCAGAUUGCAAAUCAGCGAAGAGAUCUACUCGCAUUGCACAAUCACCACCACUCUCCAAACAUCUAGCCUCUGCAUACAUUCCAGCCCCAAACUCACCAAAGUAGACAACUUUCAAAAGAUCACGUCGAACAAAGGUUUACGCAUCCUCCUCGACUGGAAAACGCCAUCAUGUCUCUGCAACACCUUUGACUGGGACCAUUGGCUGCAAGAGCAUCCACUCUACUAUUCCCAAGUACCAUACUGGGCAAUAUCAGCAGCUCGCGAUUUUGUGACUCUACUUCCUUUCUGCGGAUCAAAGGCUUCAAUGUUUCCGCUCAGGGGGAAAUGCUUCAUCGAUCAGCGGGGUGGCUUCGAAUCUCUCAGUCGAUACUUUAUCGCUGUCGAGACUCGUGAUCUCCGGCGCAAAGAGCGGCUCUCAAAGGUCCUCAAAAGGUUUGUUGAGGGUGGAAAUGUCGAGGUCCUUCUGAUGCCUUGAGGGUGUCAUAACAACACUGCACAUUCAAAACCAUCCUCGAUCACCAAAAGUCCACCUCUCUAUCAUGCAAAUCUACCAAGCUAUACACUCAUGCUACGCAUACGAGCUAUCCAUCGAGCUAAAUUUCCAAACUACCGCUACUUCCUCCGCUUCUUCCCAAGCGAGCUCAAACAACACCAUGUAGAACCAGCAUUCCAACAAAACGUCCAUAUAAAAACCAAAAAACAUGCCCUUCCAAAACUCCAACUUGAUUGUGCGUU